AUGAAGACAUAUCUCCAAGCACUUGACCUCUGGAGUGCAGUUGAAAGUGAUGUCGAGCCACCACCAUUAAGAGCAAAUCCUACCAUUGCUCAGAUCAGGCAACAUGGUGAGGAACGAGCCAAGAAGCACAAAGCCAUGGCCUGUCUGCAGAAUGGUGUGUCUGAUGUUAUCUUUACUCGCAUCAUGGCCUGUGAUUCUCCUAAGCAGGCAUGGGACAGGUUGAAAGAGGAGUUUAUGGGAUUUGACAAGACCAGGCAGCAACAAGUCAUCAACCUGAGAAGAGAGUUUAAAAACUUAAAAAUGAAGGAGUCAGAAACUAUUAAACAGUAUUCUGACAGGAUAAUGACUACUGUCAAUAACAUAAGACUCCUAGGAGAGGAUUUUAGUGACAGUAGAGUGGUUGUGAAGAGAAGGGCUAGCAGACAAGAGGAGAACCUUGAAGGAGCCUUUCAAGCAAAAGCCAUAGUAGGUUCUAGCUCAAAUCAGAGAGAUAAGAAACCUUGGUUUGAAAGAAAGGAUAAAGCCAAGAAAGAAGUAAACAGAGAAGCAGGCAGAAGGAGGUUUCCACCAUGCAUUCACUGCAAAAAGACCAAUCAUUUGGAGAAAUUUUGCUGGACCAGACCAGACAUCCAGUGCAAGAACUGUAAGCAUUAUGGCCAUCAUGAGAAGAUUUGUAGAAAUCAUGACAAGGCACAAGCUCAGCCAGUACAAGCCAAGACUGCUGAGGAUAUGCAAGCUUAG